AUUAUGGGCUGUGGGCGCCGCCGCCGCCGCCGCCGCCGCCGCUGAGAGGAGCAAGAUGGAGCUGUCUGCAGUGGGGGAGCGCGUCUUCGCCGCCGAGUCCAUCAUCAAGCGGCGCAUCCGAAAGGGGCGCAUCGAGUACCUGGUGAAAUGGAAAGGAUGGGCCAUCAAGUACAGCACCUGGGAACCCGAGGAGAACAUCCUGGAUUCCCGCCUCAUCGCUGCCUUCGAGCAGAAGGAACGAGAGCGUGAGCUGUACGGGCCCAAGAAGAGAGGACCUAAGCCUAAAACUUUUCUGCUGAAGGCUCGGGCCCAAGCGGAGGCCCUCCACAUUGGGGAUGUACACUUUUCUGUCAAGCCUGGUUCUAGCACCUCCUCUCCCAAGCUCCACUCCAGCGCCGCAGUGCACCGGCUCAAGAAAGACAUCCGGCGAUGCCACCGCAUGUCCCGGCGUCCCCUGCCCCGUCCAGACCCCCAGAACGGCGGGAGCAUGGCCGGGGGGGCCGGCAUCCGUCCUCCCGUCUCGCCCUUCUCGGAGACCGUCCGCAUCAUCAACCGCAAGGUGAAACCCCGCGAGCCCAAGCGCAGCCGCAUCAUCCUCAACCUCAAAGUCAUUGACAAAGGUGGGAAACCAGCCAACGGUGCCGGGGGCCUGGCUCGGCCCAAGAUCCCCUCCCGAAACCGCGUCAUUGGCAAGAGCAAAAAGUUCAGCGAGAGCGUUCUCCGCACCCAGAUCCGCCACAUGAAGUUCGGCUCCUUUUCACUCUACAAUAAGCCGUCCACUGCGCCUGCCCCCUCUCUGGAGGGCAAAGGGGAGGCUGAAAGCUCCCAGGCGGCCUCCUGUGGGCUCAUUAUGGGCUCCACCCCCUAUGAUGCCCCCAGCUCCAGCUCCUCCGGCUGCCCGUCGCCAGCCCCCCACUCCUCCUCUGACCCAGAUGAUUCCCCUCCGAAGCUGCUUCCCGAGACCCUCAGCCCAGCCAUUCCCGACUGGCGCGAGUCAGAGGUCCUUGACCUCUCGAUCCCACCUGAGUCAGCUGCCACCAGCAAGCAUUCUCCCCCAGGAGCCUGCAGUGGGGGGCAGACACCCUCCUUAUCCCUCUCUUCUUCUGACCCGGAGCAGGAAGCCAGCGACUGGCGUCCCGAGAUGUCCCCUUGCUCUAAUGUGGUGGUCACGGAUGUCACCAGCAACCUCCUCACUGUCACCAUCAAGGAGUUCUGCAACGCGGAGGAUUUUGAGAAGGUGGCGGCGGGUGGCGGUGGAGGAGGCAGCAAGUGAGCAGCCGGGUCCCCCCACUCCAGCCGUGUGGGGGGAGCUCUACUGCGAGAAGUCGUGGUGCGAAUGGCUGUCCUUAGUUCUCUCCUUCUCCCCUUGGCUGUCCCUCUGCCCUCACUGCCACCCUUCCUCCUCCUUUCCCCCUGCCCACUCCCUCUUGCCUGGAGGCUGGAGCGUGUCAGUGGCGAGGAGUUGGGGGCACCCACUGUUCCUGGGUGUCGCUGCUGCUGGGAGGAAGCAGGGAGGGUCGUCGUGGGGCUGGGGAGUGGUUGUUUGUCAUUGAAUGUGGUGUUGUCCAACGGGCAGUGGAGCCUUUGGGGAUGAGGGAUGGGUGAGCGUGUGUUUGUGUGCCUGUGGGGGUGGUGGGGAAGGUGCUCUACCUCCUCCUUCCCCUUCCAUCACUGACGAAAACUGAAGAGGAGCUCCAGACCCUUGAGGGGAGGAUAUAAGAGGAUUAGAACCUUUGCCCAUGCCUCCCAAGCCUUUUCCCAUAAUGUGCAUGCAGUCUCUUCCAUUCCUAUGUGUCCCCUUGCCAUGACGCUGAUCCUGUCAUCCUUCCCCCUCUUGGUCUGCGGUCUGCAUCUGCCCUCUCGUCUGCUGUCCUCAUGGCAGUUCCUGAUCCAGAUGCCCCCAGAGCGAGAGGAAGAGGGGCAGGUGAAGCGCCAUGCCUGGAAGGUGCUUGAGACAAGGCUGGGGUGGUGGGGGUGCCCCAUGCAGCAUACACCCCAUAUUGGCUUCCCCUUUCCUGUGACUAUUGGUGCUACCUUGGCAGUUGUAUGGGCACUUCCGGAUGCCCUGGUCCCUCCUCUUCAUCUUCCAACUUGCUUAGCUCUGCAGGGGGAAGGGAAGAAAAGGGGAGUCUGAUUCUGGCUCAGAUCUUCCUCCUGGUGUUCAUCACUUGCACUUGCUUGGGGGAGAGGGCAUGAAAUGUCCUUCCCCAGCCUUUCCGUGGUGGAAGUGGGGGUGGGCCGUGCACCCAUCCUUCAGUUUGGGGGAAGAUACACCAACAGUGUGAUGCUACCCCAGCUGGGAGAGACUGGUCUUCCUCCUUACACGUAAGCUUCCCCCCAGCUCCUUUGGAAGGAAGGAGGGAUGGAUGCUAAGGCAGGUUGUUUACUCUUCCUUCUUCCUUUCAUCUGCUCUUCCUUCCCUGUGGUGGAUGGCCUGGAAGAGGGUUCCCCUCUCUCUUUUCAAGCAUCUGAAACAGCCCUUACAACUGUCAACCAAAGGUGCUAAUAAGAAAUAACUCACAUUGUAUGCAUGUGCGCUGGAUCUCUUCCCCCAGAGCUGUGAACUGAUCUAGAAAUUCCUUCUCUUCGCCCCAGCAAGUAGGAGAGAGCAAGACCAUAAGCUUACUCUUCCCCUGACCACCUUUGUUCACAUCCAGAAUAAGCUCUCUUUUGCCUACCGUUUCUGACUUGCUCUGUUUCUGUGUGGGUCCUAAACUUCACGGCAAGAUGCCAUUCCUGUGCUCUCCCUUCUGCCCCUACUUGCACAGGACUCAGCCUGUAGGGGCAAGGGAAAGAGGUGCUGAUCAAUUGGUGGGAGAGCCUCACCCUCUGAGCCCUGUCCCUGGUAUUCAGGAAGGGGCAGAGGGGUGUCACUUCUACAUAACAUGCUGCAGAGGUGAAAAGGGUGGAAAAACUUCCCUGUGCCAGGGCUCACCUACUUACAGAUCUGCCCUGGGUGGGUGAACAUGAGUGGAAUUAGCCCCUCUGGUGCUUCCACACAAGGAUGCUCGUGAGCUGCUGGCUCUGAGCAGUGCUCUUGUGUGGAGUAGUGAUUUUGUGGUUGCAGUGGUCUGAGGAUAGAAGGGAGGCAGUCUGUGGGAGAGAGGUAAUAUGUGUUUGCCCAAGAGGCGGCGUUGGGGUGGUAGAGGGACAGACCAGCUUCUGACCUUAAUUUGGGGCUUCUGUGCCCAGAGGUUGUCUUUUCCUUGCCUCCAGCGCCUGGGUUGGUGUAAUGCUGCCCUCCCCACAGGCUCCUCCUGCCUUGUGGCCAGUGGCAUUCAAAGCCAUGGGGCAGGGUGAAUUCACAUCACUUGCGGUUGGGUGUCUGCGCAGACAGUCCGAGGGGGAUUCCAGGUGCUGUUAGCACCACCCUUUGCACACCUCUUUCUUUUUCUUUCCUUGGUUAAAGAGCUCAGUAGACUCUUUUGGGAUGCAGUUGCAUUCACAGUUGAAGCUAGGGGCAGGGAGAAAGACUUCCCUGAUCCAUUCAUCAAGCUAAGGCUUCCUAUAACUUGUUGGACUUGUGUGCGUGUCUGUAUUAAUACCUGCCUGUAUUUUUCGUGUUUUGAUUUUUUUUUUUUUUUGCAUCUUUCCUGUGCCUGGCACACCCGGGGAUCCCUUAUUUUAGCAUAGCCUAUCCAUUUGACUGCAGCCUCAAAGAUGAGCAGUUUGUAGGCAUAGGAAAAGCUAGGAAAAUAAAGCUAGGGAAAUAGCGAGGAGAUUCUUCUCUCUUUCCCCCCCUUCCCCUUCUCAACAAGAACUAUUCUGCGGCUGUGAGAUAAGAGGAGCUUCUUUGUGGGGUGGAUGCAAACUGGCCAGUCACUUUAGGUUGUUGAGUUGCUGUUUGGUGUGUAUGUGGUGAUGUGUUUUGUUUCGUGGUAUUGAGGUUCUGGAAAAAAAAAAGAAGCAUUUAAGUGGGAGAUAAAAGGGAACUUUAAUAGGAAACUCUUGAUGUGUUUUGGCCAAGAUGUGUUUGCUUGGCAGAGUUCUUUUCCCCAGUGUCUCUUGUAUGGUGUUCGUUGGGGGCAGGGGACAGGAAUUGUUUAAUCGAAGGGGUUUUGCCUUUCUCCAGAGUGACAAGCAAGGGGACUGUCUGUGCAGAGCAAAACAGUGGGUCAUUGUAGGGAUACUCCGUGAGGACCUUCUUCCUGUGGUGAGGAGAUGAGGGGACUUGUUGUAGCAGAGGAACCUGUGCAGUAGAUCCUCUUUGUGGAGGAAGAAAGGAGUAUGAUCCGGCUUGCAGACACAGCUCAACUGCUUGUGUGACAAAUAUCUCCCUGGGUGAGUCACCAGGUGGGGACCAAACCCUGAACCUCUGGAUCCAAAAUGAGGAUCCCGUGCUGGUUUGAGUUAGAAGCUUGCUAACUUGAACACACAGCAGCCUCGAGUUCCCUCAGGUGGAUGAGCCACUUGAGGCUGACUAACCUACCUUCGUAUUCACGUGGGUUGCACUCCUCCUUCUGAAUUUUUGCCCUUGCUCCUUAACAGAGAUGGGAAAGAAGAUCCAUCCAUGCCUUUUAAAAAGGGCAUGGGAUUGAGGGAGGAGUUUAUUUGAAAGUAUCCCCUUCCCUUCCCCAUAACCCCUAGGAAAACAAAAAACAGGGAAAUAUUCUCUGUGUCUGUGCCAUGUUUGUUCUCUUGUUGUCGUGUUUUUAGAGGAGAUUUUAUGAUGGAGUGGAAAAAGUGAAAUGAUUAGUUUUGCAUAAAAAAAGAAAAGUUUAAAAAAAAUUUCUACAGGGAGAGAGCGAGAGAGAGUUUAAAAAUGAUUAAUAAAUGCAGUGAUUGCACAAACUGUAGUGGUAAUAGAGAUGGUCCUUAGAGAAAAGAGUAUUUUGUAGUAUCGAAGCAUGUGUGUCUGGGAUGGUGUUUGGCUUGCUUGAACUGGAGGGAAAGGCAUUCUGGGACUAAGCAGCGAUCUCUGAGCUGAAAAGGCAAGUUGCAUGUUGGAGGAACCCUGUCUACAAACCCUUCCCGUCCUUGCCUCCCAAGUGUUGGAGUGAGUUCCCUUCCCUCCCAUACCUCUCCUGUGAGCUAAGGUAGAGUCUCCGAGUGGUUUUCUGGCCGAGUGGCCCUCAGAAAUGGCCGGUUGCGUUCUGCCAGAACGUGGAUCGGGCCACCAACAUGGAAACAGUUGACUUACUUUGCAUGCACAGCAAGCUGCUAAGAUUUGGGGUUGUCAUGUACCUUUCCUGCCAACUCACUGUCUCUCUUCUCUUUUUCCCUCCCCCAUAUCCAAGCAAGAUUAACCAUGAUGGGCUUAUCUCCUGGGAAGCAGAUAUGCUUCCCCUCCGUAGGGUCUCUUAGCUUCUUCCAGCAUCGGGUGGGGAGUGGCAUUUUUCCAUAUCGGAUUCACCACAUCAGGACAGAGAACCGAAUCCCAUCUAUGUGUAGUCCAGCAUCCCAACUCAGAGUGUCCAGAUCUUCAGAGGUAGACGAGAGAUCUGCCUUGUGUGCUCUGAAGGUGCUUCCGAGUGAGGUGUCCCCUCUUUUUGAGGCCAGCAAAUGCUGGAGGCUUUGGGAUGGGGAGAGGAACACCUUGACGGGACUGUGUUCAAGUAAGGGCUGUUGUCUUCUGCUCUGGCUUCCUGCAGAGUGGCAGGGAAGAGUUGCCUGAACAUUCAUUCAAAGCUUCCCCAUUCAUGAUACCUCUGCUGGGUGUUCAUCCUGUGCAUGGGAAUGACUGCAGGGAAGAGGGAAGCUACCAGACAUUGGUGUCUGAACAGAACAUAGCAGGCAAGGGAUGCUAGGACAGCUUUUCUUGUCUGGACUUCUCUGGUGCCCUUGGCUUUGCAGUGGCAGGUGAUGGACGUCUCGAUGCCUCUCACAGCCUGGGCUGCUCUUGGGAACUUCCUUUCCUCUCUCUGCCCAUCGGGCUCUGUCAGUGCUUCCCACAGCCUUCAGCUUGGAGCGGCAGCCUCCUGUCUAAUGUUCUCUUUGUCUCCUCGUUGAGCAGAGCAGGACUGGGGAGGUGUGAAGCUAAUGAGGUGCAAGCUCCUUUUGGGAUGGAAAACAGAGAAAUAGCGUGGUGAGCCACUGCUUGAUUUCUGUUUUCAAAAGAGAAAGGGAGCAUUUCUCUCCAUCUCCCCUUACUGAAGUUCCCAGGGUAAUUUUAUGAUAUAAAGAAAAAACAACAAGAAAAAAAAGGAACCCUUUACAAUCCUGCUUUUUACCAGGUGGGAGCUGUCUCUGAGCUGAGUCUUCCUAGGGAUUUCACUCCCUUUCCCAGCUCCUCUUUGUAGAGGAGGUUUUUGCAGCUCCCAGUGUUUGGAGAUGAUCGCUUUUCUAGGGACCUCCUGGCAGAAAGAGGUUGCCGUGCUGAAGGAUGGUGUCCCGAGACCCCCACGCUUAUGCACACCACAGGUUGUGGCAUCAGUGGGGCUGCUCAGGAGCAGGCCCUUCUUCCCAGGGAGGUGUAACAAACCUGGAGUGCGUGUCUGGCUAAGUGCUUAUUUCCCCCCUCGCCUCCUUCCCCACUUUCCAAGACCUAUUCCUCCUUGCCUGGUGCAUCUUUUUACUCCAAUGUCGCUUGCUUUUGCUGCAUUUUUCAAUUGCCCAUAAUCGUGCAAGAGCUGGGAUCUUAUUUACUUUUUAUAUAUAAAUAUAGAAAUAUAAAAGAAACCCUGUCCUCUUCCCUCCCCGUCUCACCCACCACCCUGUGCGCAGCCUCCCCAAUCUCUGCUCUGAAGGUGGUGUGCUGUAGAGGGUUAAUUUGGGGCCAGGGAUUCGGUGCCUCCUGGGUUCUGUUCCUUCUUGGGUUGCCGUGGCCUUUCUGCCAGCUGUGUCACUGCCCUGUGCCUCCGUCUCCCUGGUGCAAAGGGCUGGGGGUUUGAAGGGGACCAUCCUGCUGAGGGUGCUGGCAGCCCGACUCCUGUGGCAUUGGCAUGGAACCGGAGCAGUGCCGAGUAUUGCUUCAGAAAUUCCCCUCUCCCUGUCUGUGCUUCCUUCCCCAGGUAACUCCAGGAAGUAUCUUCACUUCAUUGAUGCUUUGGGGUUGAGCAAAAAAGUGGCUUUAUUUUCUUUUCUUACUUCUAUUUUCUAGGUCCCUCCCCAGAGUGCAAUGUCUAUGGCUUCUUUUUGGGGGUGUAGAUGGGAGGAGAUGUUGGAGUCUAUCUCCGUCCUCACCUUUGCCCUUCCGUCUUCUACUUCUCUCCCCUUCUGUUGCUGCCCUGUGUCAGGCUGGUGGGGUUUGUGCCCUUGUCUGUGUAGGGUCAGCAGUGUUGGCACCAGCAGCUUCACAUGUGUUCUGUGUGGUGCAUCUGAGGUGCCCUGUGUCGCACCUGCCUUGCUUGUAAGGAUGUCACAGGGCCCUGAGUUCUUCUUUCUCCCUUUAAAUUUCUCCUCCUGGGAGUGAAGGGAGGUGUUGUCAGUUUGCCCUCCCCAUGGUGGUGGGCUGCCUCUGGCAGUUCUUUUUUUCUCUUCCAGCUUCUCUGUGGUGGGAAACAAAAUGUCUCCAGGACUGUGCGAAAGCACAGUCAUUGGGGUGAGAAUUCCCCUGCCUCAGGUUAGUGCUGUGCUUUGAGCCCUCUCCCUCCAGGCACCCAUCUGAGUGUGCUCGCAGAGGCUGCGCUGGGUAUGGAGGAGUGGGGAUGCCCCCUGCGCUCCCAGGCUGAGCAGAGCAGGGAAAUGGACAGAAAGCAACGUGCUGCAGCGUAGGGAAGAAGUAAGGUGACGGAAGAGCUGCUGGAUGCAGUCAGGGUGAUGCCAGCUUCAGCAGCAGCUCAGAAAACAUUAUCUGGCAGGAGGGAAGGGGCAUCGUGGGGACAAGCAGCUGAAGUGUUAAUUCCCACCACAAGGCCCUGGUUCUUGACUUCCUUUCUUGUUCAGCUGAGCACUUUGAGCUCGUGCUAAACUGCAGGAGCAUGGCUAGGUGUAUCAAAGCACUUUGUGGGGCUUUGGGGCCUUGUAGGGCUGCAUGUUCCUGAGCAGCUCCCUGGCUGCACCCUGUUCUCCAGGGCUGCUGAAGGUUUCCCUCUGGGCAGAGCAGCAGGUAGGUGCUCUUUAGCUGUCCUGGAGGGACCCUGCUGCUUCCAGCCCCCUAGCUGCAAAGGGGGACAUCAUCUUAGGUCAAGUUCUCAAACAGAACAACCACAAAAAAUAAUACUCUUUAAGAUAACUUUUUUCCUCUAGGAAAAAAGUUGUCGUGCCUGCGCCUCCCCUCAGCUAAUGAACUUGGUGUGCUGUCCUCCCCUCCUCUCCUCUCCCUGCUGGUAAGCCUUGUGUGCUCCUUAAGAAUAGAGGACUCUCUAUUUUGGGAUUAUGUUUUUGUUCCCGUUUGUUUUCUUUUUGCAUAGAAAGUUGUCCGCUGGUGGUGGAGGAUAGGGGCCUGCCUCAUCUGUUCCUUCCUUUCACCUUCCCCAGUGCCAAGCUUAGGCUUAAAUCCUGCAGAUUCCUGCAAAUUCUGAACCUGAAGCAGGCGAUUUACCCCACCGAGCUCUGUGGUACUUGGGUGCUUCAGGUUCUGCUUGCGCUUGAGUUUUGGCAGCAUCAGAGCCUUACCCUUUCUCUUAGAGAAGGUCAGACCUAACUCCUGGAGUGCUCAUGGUUCUGGUGCGACCCAUUUGUCUCUUAUUUCCCCUCACUUGGCAUACAGAGUGAAGGUGGUAAAUUUUUUUUUUUUUAAUUUAAAAUAAACCUAAAUAUGUAUCUUGUAAUUUUUUUUUUUUAAUUUUUAAAAAAAUGCAUUUAAGGAUUGUGCACGGAUGAAUUUUAUAUCUAUAUUUUUUUUUUUUGUCUUGCAGUUUUCAUUUUAAAUAUAGUGUUUGUUCAGGUUUUUGGUUUUGGUUUUUUGUUUGUUGUUUUUAAUCCAGUUCCCAGCUGGCUAAACUCUGUCUAGAGCGGAUGGGUGGGAGGCAAAGCCACUGGAGGGGUGAUCGGAUCACCCCUUCCCCUGGCGCUUCCCACAAGAAAAUGGUUUGCUCCAGGUUUGGGGGUGGGGGUUGUGCUAAUUACUCUUGUAUUCUUGUACAUUUUGUUCUUUCUGCUGCUCUUGAAUAUUGUAUCAAUGCCAGAAAUGGGGAGAUAAAAAUUAAAAACAAAAAAAAUUAACUCCCAAUAAAUUGUUACAUUCCAAAAA